AUGAGCGUCAAAACAGUCGAGACGAAGCCUUUCCAGGACCAGAAGCCGGGAACCUCGGGCCUCCGUAAAAAGGUCAAGGUCUUCCAACAGCCCAACUACUCCGAGAACUUCGUCGCCUCCAUCCUCCUCUCCAUCCCCGAAGGCGUCGAUGGCUCCGUCCUGGUCAUCGGCGGUGACGGCCGCUACUACAACCCCGAAGUCAUGCAGAUGAUUGCAAAGAUUGGUGCUGCAUACGGCGUGAAGAAGCUGUUGAUCGGACAGGAUGGCAUCAUGUCGACACCCGCAGCCAGCCAUCUGAUCCGCAUCAAGAAGGCCACAGGCGGCAUCCUCCUCACCGCCAGCCACAACCCCGGCGGCCCAACAGAAGACUUCGGAAUCAAAUACAACCUCGCUAACGGCGCUCCUGCCCCCGAAGGCGUCACCAACAAAAUCUACGACUAUUCCAAAACCAUCACCUCCUACAAAACCAUGGACAUCCCCGACGUCGACCUCUCCACCAUCGGCACGCAGAAAGUCGGCCCUCUCGAGGUCGAAAUCGUGCACAGCACCGCCGACUACGUCGACAUGCUCAAGUCCAUCUUCGACUUCGACCUCAUCAAGUCCUUCCUGCAGCAACACUCCGACUUCAAAGUCCUCUUCGACGGCCUCUCCGGCGUGACGGGCAACUACGGCGUCGACAUCUUCGAGAAAGAGCUCGGCCUGAAAAACGCCACGCAAAACUGUGUCCCCAAACCAGACUUCGGCGGCCACCAUCCCGACCCCAACCUCGUCUACGCCCACUCCCUCGUCGAAGCCGUCGACAAGAACGGCAUCCACUUCGGCGCCGCCUCGGACGGCGACGGCGACCGCAACAUGAUCUACGGCGCCAACUCGUUCGUCUCCCCCGGCGACUCCCUGGCCAUCAUCGCCCACCACGCCGACCUCAUCCCGUACUUCAAGAAGCAAGGCGUCUACGGCCUCGCGCGCAGCAUGCCCACUUCGGGAGCCGUCGACCUCGUCGCGCAGAAGAAGGGCUUGAAGAGCUACGAAGUCCCCACCGGCUGGAAAUUCUUCUGCGGCCUCUUCGACGCGGACAAGAUGAACAUCUGCGGCGAGGAAUCUUUCGGGACAGGAUCCAACCACAUCCGCGAGAAAGAUGGCUUGUGGGCGAUUGUGGCGUGGUUGAACAUCAUCGCCGGCGUGGGCCAGAAGUCCGGCACAACGCCCAGUAUCAAGUCCAUCCAGCAGGAUUUCUGGCAGAUCUACGGCCGCACGUUCUUCACGCGCUACGAUUACGAGGGCUGUGAAAGCGAAGGCGCGAACAAAAUGGUCGCGCACAUGAAGGAGCUCAUCACCACCAAGAAGGACUCCUUUGUCAACUCCACCGUUUCCGGCCGCAAAGUCCUCGAGGCGGACGAUUUCUCCUACACGGACUUGGAUGGCAGCGUGAGCAAAGGCCAGGGCAUCUACGUCAAAUUCGACGAUGGGAGUCGGAUCGUGGUGAGAUUGAGCGGGACGGGCAGUUCGGGGGCGACGAUCCGGUUGUAUGUGGAGAAGCAUGAAACCGACCCCAAGACGUACCAGAUGGAUGCGCAGGACUACCUCAAAGAUAAUGUGAAGAUGGCUGUUGAGCUGCUGGGUCUGAAGGAGUAUAUUGGGCGGACGGAGCCGGAUGUUAAGACUUGA